UUUAAAUCGGCGAGGUGUCCACGAUGAGCGCCGGCGACGGCGAUCCCGAGUGGCGGUCGAAUCGAGAAAACGAGCCUGUUGAAGACGAGGCAGCCGUCCCUUCGACCAGUGGCGACGGUUCCUCUGAACCUGUGGGGUUCAAUACAGCGGCUCUUGCCGAAAAUUCUGCUGAAAUAAAGGCCUCUGAUAAUGUGAAUGAAUCUGCGGUUUUGAAGUUCGAAGACGAAGAAGCUAGUUUGGAUGAUGCUAGUGGGGGAGCUCUGGAGAAUCAAGGUACUCAUUCUGUUUCGAGGCAAAAUGGUAAUAGCGAGGAGAAUACUGAUAUGCGGAAUGGUGAGCAUACGAGCAAGAAAGCAGAAGGUGCGUCGGGGGAUUACAAUUCAAUAUUGUCGGAGUUUGAUCACUUUGCUGCUAAAGGUUCGACUGAAGCUGUUGGAUUUGGAUAUGAAAUUGGGGAUAUGGUGUGGGGUAAGGUGAAAUCGCAUCCAUGGUGGCCUGGUCAUAUUUACGACGAGGCGUUGGCUUCUCAUUCUGUUCAGAGAAGCAAGCGCGAGGGCCAUGUGUUGGUAGCUUUUUACGGUGACAGUAGCUACGGAUGGUUUGACUCAGCAGAGUUGGUUCCUUUUGAAGAGAACUUUGCCGAUAAGUCUCGGCAAACUUCUUCUCGGGCUUUUGUAAAGGCAGUGGAAGAGGCUGUGGAUGAUUUGUCAAGAAGAAGGGGUUUGGGUUUGGCCUGCUGCUGUAGAAAUGAGUUCAACUUCGGGCCUUCAAUCAAGGAGGGUUACUUUGUUGUAGAUGUAGGAGAUUAUGAACCUGGUGUGUUUUCUUCUCGUCAGAUAAAUAAGGCAAGAGAUGAUUUUCGGCCAAAAACCAUGCUUUCUUAUGUUCGGCAACUGGCCUUGACACCUAUGACUGAUCAGCAUAGGGCAAUUGAUUUUAUAAAGAACAAGGCCACAGUUUUGGCAUGCAGGAAGGCACUUUUUGAGGAGUUUGAUGAAACAUAUGCACAAGCCUUUGGAAGUGUACCAGUGCGCCCUCCCCGGCCCACUGAACCAAUAGCUGUGGAUCCAUCUAAAGCUCCUUUGAGCGGCCGACAGGUGUUUGCUGAAACACUCAGCAAGGGUAAACACCCCAUAAAACCAACUAAAACAAAGGACCAACUGGAGAAGGACAAAUAUCUAUUUGUUCGACGGGAUGCGCCAGCUCACCCAACCACCAAGAAAACGAGUUCCGUCCAAUCAGGCGCCUCCCCACAUCUUCUCCCGGCUGAUGGUAUCGAAUCAUCUGAGCUGCCUACUUUGUCUGGCACAGAAAGCCACACGUACCAAGAUUCAGGUGACCGAGCAUCAGUAAGAGAAGGUGUCAAAUCAAUUGGAGGACCCAAGAAAUCAGUUGAAGGUGGACAGCCGAAUGUCAAGGUACUCAAGCGCAAGGAAUCGAGUGCCGAAAACGUAAAUGAGAAGAAAAAGAAGAAGAAGAAGAAAAGAAAUGCCGAAGCAGCCAGCACCGAGCUCAAUGCAAUGCCAGCCAACGAGAAGAUUAAGAAAAUGAAAGAAAUACGACACGAAGAAAGCUCCAAUGUUGUGCAGAUACCUCUUGCUAACAGUGACAGUGGAGGAGUAGUGGAAAAAGUGGAAAAAGUUUCUUCAGAUGCAGUGGACCCACAGAAAUCGGCCAUCGACCUUCCGUUUCUAGUGCGUGACCUUCGUACUCUUGCCCUCAAUCCCAUUCAUGGAUUGGAGAAAGGUUGCUGCUCGUCAUCCACCCUGUCGGCCUUCCUGAAAUUCCGAUCUCUCGUGUAUCGUAAGAGCUUGGUUGUUUCACAGCCACGAACUGAAAACGAGAAAAUCGAAGCUCAAGCUCACUUAACCGCUCAUCAACCUGCUUUGCGUCGUUCUAUUGAUAAAACCAGUGACAACAACAAGCCCACGAGACCUCCUUCGAGGCCUAUUGAUGACCCCACAAAAGGUGGCAAGAAGCGGGACCCAUCCGACCGCCCGGCGACCACAAAGAAACAAAUUCUCGCGAAAAGGACGAAAAUCGCCAACUCGGAAGAUAUCGACAAGAAGAUCAAGAAGAGAAUAAUAGCAACAGACGACUCGAAAUCGGUCCCCCUAAGGCCCAUUACUACUACCCCAAUCGCUAGAAAUUUUCCACCGAAAAAAGUGGAGUCGAGGAAAAGCCCGACCAUGCUCGUCAUGAAGUUCCCGCCUGGUUCGGCCCUUCCGUCGGGCCCACAGCUUCGGGCCAAGUUCGCCCGUUUCGGGCCGCUUGAUCUCGACGCGACUCGUAUCUUCUGGAAAACCUACACGUGCCGUCUGGUCUACCGACGCCGGGCGGACGCUGAGGAAGCUCUCGACUUUGCCAUGGCGAGUGAAAAUUUGUUCGGUAGCACAAACGUGAGGUGCCACGUGAAGGAAGUUGGAGUCGAGCUGCCAGUGGAGCCUGAACUGCCGCCCGUCAGGGCCAAGAUUCCGGCCACCGUGGCUGAGCCGCCGCCGCCACCGUCUAUGCAGCAGCCCAAGUCAAUCUUGAAGAAAGCUUCCGGUGACGAGGGUAAUACUGGUAAUGGUAGAGGUACACGUGUAAAGUUUGUGUUGGGCAGUAAUAGUAUUGCUAAUGCUAAUGCUAGUGCUAACAAGGCUCAGGAACAGCUUUCCAGUUUUGCUGUGGGGUCCUCGUCUAAUAAAAAUAUUUCACUUUCGUCCAUGGAUAUUAGUACUACUAGUAGUGCUGCUAAGAAUUUGCCCAAGGUUUUUUCGAAUGUUACUACUCGUCAGUUUGAAAAACUCCCGAUGAAUUUGCCGAGUUCGGAGCCAAAUAGAGACAUUUCACAACAGCUUCUUGAUUUAAUGGCUAGGUGUAGUGAUGUGGUGAGUCACGUGUCGGGGGUCUUGGGAUAUAUGCCGUACCAUGCUCUUUAG